GAGAGUUUCUGUACUUCCUAAACAGCAACGUACGAUUCCUCGUCGCCAUGAUCGUCAAAAUUUGAAAUCCCUAGAAUCUCAAUUUCACAUCCAAAUUCGAAAUCAGCUCCGAUCUGAACACAAUCGCGGCUUCAUCAUCGACCGAGAAUAAAACCGAACACAAAAAUUGGGACUCCGACAAGGAAGUGCUCGGAGAGCGGCGAGAUCAAAACUUUUUCCGAUGAGGAAAGUAAACUCUCAGAUUUGCAAAUUGAGGUUUUCACUUUUCACUAUUUCCCCAAAACUUAAAACUUUGGAAACAGUAAAAAAAAAAGUUAAAAAACAGUUGCGCGGCUAACUUUGUCCUGUUUCACCAGCUUACCAAAUACAAACCAAUAAUAUUUCGACACGUAAGCGUCGUACUAACAGCAUGACGUUUUGAUAUUCCAAAAGGGAAAAACACGGCGGGUAAAAGGUUUAAACGGCAUGCAUUCGUGCGGGCUGUUAAAAAACAAUUUAAUACAUGUAAUAGAACUCAUCUCUUCUAUGUCUUUCACUCUCUCUCUCUCUCUAUAUCCAAAGAAUUAAAAACCAUAAUAAAAAAAGAAGAUAAAAAGACGAAUUCCAGAAAAAAAAGACGCAAAAUCGUCGUCGUCGUCUUCGUCUUUGCAUUUCGUCGGAAUCUUUUGAUUCUUGAAUCGGAAUAUCUCUGUUUUUGUUUUAUCCGGACUCAAGAUCAAUUCGGAUUCUUGGAAUUUAUUUGAUUUUUUGUUGUUGUUGUUGAAAAAGUGGAUUCUUUGGUUUCGAUUUGUAAUAAUCUUCGUAGAAAAAAUGGAUUCUGAUUCUUGGAGUGAUCGUCUCGCAUCGGCUUCAAGAAGAUAUCAGCUCGAUUUCUUGUCUCGAUCUGACAAUUUCUUGGGGUUUGAGGAGAUAGAAGGAGAAGAUGACUUCAGGGAGGAGUAUGCUUGCCCGUUCUGUUCAGACUAUUUUGAUAUCGUCUCUCUAUGCUGUCACAUUGAUGAAGAUCAUCCUAUGGAUGCAAAAAAUGGGGUAUGUCCCAUUUGUGCGGUGAAAGUGAGCUCUGAUAUGAUUGCUCAUAUAACCCUACAACAUGCAAAUAUGUUCAAGGUGACGCGGAAAAGGAAAUCAAGAAGAGGCGGGGCUCAAUCCAUGCUAUCGAUCUUGAAGAGAGAGUUUCCUGAUGGAAAUUUUCAGAGCCUAUUUGAAGGAACAUCACGUGCUGUAUCCUCUUCUUCUGCCAGUAUAGCUGCUGAUCCUUUACUGUCUUCAUUCAUUUCACCAAUGGCUGAUGACUUUUUCAUUUCUGAGUCAAGUCUAUGUGCAGACACAAGUUCUGCCAAGAAAACAUUGAAUCAGAGUUUGCCUGAAAGGAAUGUUGAGAAGCAGUCUCUUUCAGCAGAGGAUCACAGAGAAAAGUUGAAACAGAGCGAGUUCGUUCAAGGGAUAUUGAGCUCUAUGAUUCUUGAAGACGGCUUAUAAAGGAGAAACAUAUUCCGGUAACUUGUCUACGGUUAGAUGAUUCAGCGAUUGGAAAAUGUAACGGCUUUGUUGUGUUAAACGCAACAAUUGAUUUGGGAAAGGGUUUGGGAAUAAGCAGAAUAAUGUAAAAGAGAGACAUGAUAAUGAGUAUUAUUUUUAACUUAUGAACUACAUAUUUGCUUUAAUGAACACUCGAAUUGUCUGUACACCGUAGGUCUUACAAAAAGAAACCAAAAAAAGGUAUGUAUUUGAUCAUAUAUUUGCACUGAGUUUUCUGGUCUUACUAUGGUGUUUUGUAUCAAAAGUUUGAUGAAACUAUUUGGGG